GUCGUUUCCUGAGCGCGUGUUGAACGUGUUUUCCGCAUCCGAAAGAAUUAAAUCUUUCUCACGAAAGUCCUCUGAAUAGCAAAGAGAAGUCUCGCGAAAUAUUGUAUUCGAAAUUAAGGAACUGAGUUCCUUACAAACUACCGUCGAAGCUUCGUAAUUAAUUUGAUCCGAAGAACGUUUACCCAGUUGCCAAAAAUGACGGCCAGCGGCGAUGGACGUAGUGCCCACGGAAAGGCUUACAAAGAUAAAAGCAAACCCACCGAUAUUCGAAGCAGCAACAUCAAUGCUGCGAAAGCUGUUAGCGAUGCGAUCCGAACUAGUUUGGGCCCUCGAGGAAUGGACAAAAUGAUUCAAGCUAGCAAUGGAGAAGUUACUAUUACAAACGACGGUGCAACCAUUCUGAAGGAAAUGAGCGUUGUACAUCCUGCAGCUAAGAUGUUAGUUGAAUUGUCAAAAGCACAGGACAUCGAGGCUGGCGAUGGUACCACCAGCGUUGUUGUCAUGGCUGGCUCUCUUUUGGAAGCUUCAGAACGUCUGUUGCAGAAGGGAAUACAUCCUACUUUGAUCAGUGAUGCUUUCCAGAAAGCUUCCACCAAAGCUGUGCAAAUACUGACGGACAUGUCUAUUCCCGUUGACUUGAGAGACAAGCAGUCGUUAAUUAGAGCUGCAGCAACUUCUCUUAAUUCCAAAGUUGUCGUUCAACAAUCAAGCCUUCUGGCACCGUUGGCCGUAGAUGCAGUAUUAAAAGUUACAGAGGAAGGAAAGGAUAGUACUGUAGAUCUUACUAAUGUAAAAGUAAUUAGGAAACUAGGCGGUACCGUCGAGGAUACUGAACUCGUUGAAGGAUUAAUAUUCACCCAAAAAUCUUGUAACGUUAAUGGGCCGAAACGAAUUGAGAAAGCAAAGAUAGGCUUAAUACAAUUUUGUAUUUCACCUCCCAAAACGGAUAUGGAUCACAAUGUAAUUGUGUCUGAUUAUGCCGCGAUGGACCGUGUCUUGAGAGAAGAGAGAGCUUACAUAUUGAACAUUGUGAAGCAGAUUAAAAAAGCUGGUUGCAAUGUACUUUUAGUACAGAAAUCUAUUCUUCGCGACGCUAUUAGCGAUCUCGCUAUACACUUCUUAGACAAGAUCAAAGUUAUGGUGAUCAAGGAUAUCGAGCGCGAAGAUAUUUCGUUCGUAUGCAAGACAUUGGGUUGCAGACCGAUCGCGUCACUCGAUCAUUUCGUUGCCGAAAAUCUAGUUAACGCAGAAUUAUGCGAAGAAGUACAGACCGGAUCAUCGAAAUUUGUUAAGAUUACUAAGAUACAAAAUCCUGGGCCGACAGUGACUGUUCUUGUUCGGGGCAGUAACAAGUUGGUCUUGGAGGAAGCAGCACGUUCAUUGCACGACGCUUUAUGCGUGGUUCGUUGCCUGGUGAAACAGAAGGCUCUGAUCGCUGGCGGUGGAGCGCCCGAGAUAGAGCUCGCAUUGAAAUUGGGAGCAUAUGCUCAAACUUUGAGCGGCGUUGAUGCUUAUUGCAUUAAAGCUUUUGCAAAUGCAUUCGAGAUAAUUCCAUCGACCUUAGCAGAAAACGCGGGAUUGAAUCCUAUCGCGACUGUAACGGAGCUGCGAAACCGGCAUGCCAAGGGUGAGCAUACCGCUGGAAUUAAUGUGCGGAAGGGUACGGUAACUAAUAUCUUAGAAGAGAACGUGAUUCAACCGCUAUUAGUUUCCACGAGUGCUAUUACUCUCGCUACAGAAACCGUUCGUAGUAUAUUGAAAAUCGAUGAUAUCAUAAACACGAAUCAGUAAUAUAAGGUACUGCGCAAAUUCCUUUUCUCGAUUCCGAAAUGCUAGUUUUGAGUUCGUACCUUUAACUUUUAAUAUUUCUGUCUUUAAUAUUUCUGAAUUUAAACAAUUUGCUGAGCUAAUAAAAUCGAAUUUGUUUAACAUUCUCGAAAAUUAUUUUACACUGUCUUAAAAUAAAAUUGACCCGAUCCCUAAGCAGAAUUUGUCGUACGUAAAAUGUCCUGAAAGAAGCAGAUUUAAGUACAUAUGGAUAUACAAAAAUUAAUUUAAUUUUUAUUAUUUACUACUACAGAGCAUACUUAACUUAUGUUUCGUGUAAAAAACAAGUGUAAAUCCCGUAUGUUAAAUUAUACUUACAAUUUAAUAACAUUAAACAUAUAAUUCCGUAUUCAAACUAAA